AACAUUUACAUACAUCGAAACGACCACCAAAAUUCGCGUUUCCUUCUAAUCAGUACUGCAACAACAACAACACCCUCUAUCUCUUCGUUUCCCUCUUUUCAUCUCUUCCAUCUUCACCUUUUUCUCAAACUCUGAAUUAUCAAAUCAAUCUCUCAUUCGCAUCAAUGGAUUAUUCAGCUUACAACCUAAACCAACCACAACAACAGCCUCAAUCCUAUUACGAAUACGAUCCAUCUCAGAUUCAUGCUCAACCCUACGAUCAAUCUUACGCUGCUGCUGCAGCAUAUCAACCCUCCUAUUACGCUGCUUAUAAUCAGCAAUACGCUUAUUAUCCAGCUGAUACUACAACGCAUCUUCAACAUCAACAAACUCAUGGUUAUUAUCAAACUGAACCCGCUCCGGUUCACCCUCCCGGGGUUAACCCUGAACCGGUUCAACCCAAUCUUCCGAUUGGGCCAUCAUCUCAAUACAGAGGUAGGGGUGGUAGAUCAUUCAGGCGGGGUGGUCGAGGUCGAGGUCAGUUCGGUCAUGGAAGAGGACGUGGAGUGGGCGGUGGGAGACACUUUCCGUCUCAUUCUUCUGGACCUGCUAUUUCUGAUGUACCGGGUUCAUCAUCAGUCUCAGCUCAAGUGCAAACUGCACCGGUGCAACCGCCACCGCGUGGGGUAUUCUGUGAUAUUUGCAAGAUUGAGUGCAAUACCCCAGAAGUCAUGGAGCUUCAUCUGAAAGGAAAAAAGCAUCUGAAGAAUAUCAGAGUGCAUGAAGCAAAACAGAGACAUGGUGCUAUCAAUGCAACACAAAGUGGACAGAUUCCUACCUCUCAGUUGAACUCGACGAAUCAACCUAUUAUAGCUCAGGAAUCUGAAGACCUUGCCAAAAAUAUUAGUUCUGAAAUUGCAACUGAUAGUCAGAAGGUUGACAUAAGUUCACAGAAUAAUGUAGGAGAGACUUCUGAUGUUCCAGCUGAAGAAGAAAAUUCUGGUGCAAGGGGCCGUGGAUUGAAGCGUAAAUUAAGAGGAGGAAAAGCACGUAAACAGACGAGGACUGCUGAUGGUUCGCAACCUGAGCCAGCUGUAGCCAUUACAUGUGAGUUGUGCAAUGUUAAAUGUGACACCCAACGUGUUUACCAGGCUCAUAUUACUGGGAAAAAGCACUUGAAGCGUGCCUAUGGUCCCCAAGCUCCGGCCGGAUUAGUACGUAACCAAGCUUUGGUUGGAGUAGGUAACCAAACUUUGUCUGAAGUAGGUUCCCAAGCUUUGGCUGGAGUAGCUGGGCUUCAAGCACUUUACCCACCUGACAUCAACGCGCUAGCCACUGCAAUUAAUGCUCAAGUUCAACAAGGUGAUAAUGAUCCACAGGUACUUCUGGCUCAGCUCCUGGUGAAUGCACUAUCUCAAGCACAAGGAUCAGGAGCAGCACCACCGAAUGGCUCAUUGGCUGCUCCGACACCAACGCCCACAUCAGUGGCAGGUUCAAGUCAUGAUCCUCAGUUGGCGCAGAUACAAGUUUCAGAAAUCGCAGCACAUGAAAAUCCUACAGGUGAAUCAAAAAAUGAGACGCCUUCUGCCCCACUUGAGUCAAAUGCACAGGAAGGUUCAAAUGUUGGCACACAAAUUGAAGGUGGAAGUUCUGAAACUAAAUAAAUAGAUAGGAUGCUAAUGACAGGCAGAGACAAUUCAGGUGCAACAAAUGAAUACGUUCAUAAUGUGAAGCUUUCUAGUCAUAGUAGGGACCAAAGUAGAAUAACUAUUCUCUUUCUCAAUUUAUUACUUUAUUUGGACUAUUGUUCACUCUAUUGCCGGCAGGGAUUUCUCUUCUACCAGUGCGAAAUCAACACUCUGAAUUGCUCCCAUGGAUGUUAGAUGUGUCAAAUCCUUUAGAUUGUUGCAUGUGUAUGUGCACAUGCACCUGUGUUUGUGAUGUUUCUACCAUUUUAGAACAUGCAUGUGCACAUGCACCUGUGUUUGUGAUGUUUCUACCAUUUUAGAACAUGCAUGUGCACAUGCACCUGUGUUUGUGAUGUUUCUACCAUUUUAGAAUGAGUUGUUAAAUAUGUGCAUGCUCGUCCUUGUGUGUGACGAUAAUAAAUUUCAUCGUAUUUCAUUUGAUCCAAUGAUAAAAUUUAUUGAUCUAA